AUGGCAGAGCCUUGCGAUCUUCCAGCUGCCAUUGUAGAGUCAUCUGGGGAAAGUUCAUAUGUGAUCAAGAUAGACGGAUACUCAAGAAUCAAAGAGCAAAUCAGGCAUGCCAAGUACGUGAAAUCUGUCCCUUUCAGUGUUGGAGGUCACGACUGGGUUGUGAGGUAUUACCCAAAUGGCUGUCCCAACGUAAAAACUGAAUCAGGUUACAUAUCUGUUUUUCUCGUUCUUGAUUCUUUUGCCAAAGAUGUGAGGGCGAAAGUUGGAUUUUGUCUGCUUGACAAGGAUGGGGAACCAGUGGAGUCACGAAGCAAGACUUCUGAACAUAUCUUCCCAAAGAAAGGUUCAGAUUGGGGUUUCUCUAGUUUUAUCACGAAGGCUGAUCUUGAGAAAUCGCAACUACGAGACGACUGUUUCAGCAUGAGGUGUGAUGUCACUGUCUUCAAGUAUAUCCAUAAAGGUAGUCGGUUUGUCACAGUUCCUCCAACCAACUUGCAUCAGCAUCUCGGUGAACUUCUGAGGAGCAAGGAUGGAGCGGACGUGACCUUUCAGGUAAAGGGGGAGAGUUUCUUCGCUCAUAGGUCUCUGCUAGCUGCUCGGUCAUCUGUAUUCAGAGCAGAGCUCUUUGGCACCAUGAAGGAGAAAGUCGGUGGCCCAAUUGAAAUUAGUGAUAUGGAAAGUGAGGUGUUCAAGUUAUUGCUCCACUUCAUAUACAUGGACUCGCUCCCUGAGACGAGUAAUGGAGGUGAAGCAGGAAGAGACGGGGUCAUGGCUGGCCAUCUACUUGUUGCAGCCGACAGGUACAACAUUGAGAGGCUCAAGCUGAUAUGCAAAGAGAAGUUGUGCAACCUCAUGGACUCUAACAUUGUGGCAACUAGUUUGGCUCUAGCUGAACAGCAUAGCUUCAAUACGGUCAAGGAGGCUUGCUUUGAGUUCCUCUCUUGUCCUUCCAAUUUGGAGGCAAUGAUGGCAAGUGAUGGUUAUGAGCAUCUGAAGAAUUGCUGCCCAUCUGUUCUCAGGGAGCUAGCUGCUAGCUUCCUGCCCGCAGAGCUGAAAGCAGUCAAAGAUAUUAUCAUGACAACUUAG